AUGGAAAGAAAUACGACGUACUGGAGGCCGAACGACAUACGAUUUGUUCUCCUUGAUGGUAAUGAAGUUCGAACAUUUGAAAAGAUAUUCAAAUUCCCGAUGCCGAACAUUAAACUUCAGAGUUCUGAUGGAGAGGUUUUUGAAGUAGAUGUCGAAAUUGCGAAAUGCUCGGUCACAAUCAAAACCAUGCUUGAAGAUCUUGGAAUGGAUGAGGAUGAAGAGGAAGUUGUGCCUCUUCCUAAUGUUAACUCUGCUAUUCUGAAGAAAGUAAUUCAGUGGGCGACCUACCAUAAGGAUGAUCCUCCCCCACCUGAAGAUGAUGAGAACAAAGAGAAAAGGACCGAUGAUAUAAGCAGCUGGGAUGCUGAUUUCCUGAAGGUGGAUCAAGGAACACUCUUCGAGUUAAUUUUGGCUGCAAAUUAUCUUGAUAUAAAAGGCCUUCUGGAUGUUACAUGCAAAACUGUUGCUAAUAUGAUUAAGGGGAAAACUCCGGAAGAAAUUCGCAAGACAUUCAACAUCAAGAAUGACUUCACAGCAAGUGAGGAAGAACAAGUUCGCAAAGAAAAUGAAUGGUGUGAAGAGAAAUGAACUGUAAACUUCUUUAAUAAUUUGGUUAUUUCCAUUCUAUGUAUUUCAUGUCAGACCUUCAGUUAUUUCCACAAACAGGUUUUAAGGAUGUUUGAAUGUGCAGCUGAAAUUUUGAUUUUAGGAGAAUGUGAUUCUCACAAUUGGCAAAGUGUCUUUGGGUACAGUAAGAGAAACUUAAGUAUUCGUGAUUAACAAGUAAUAUCUUUUCCUUACUUUCAUGCUUCUUUUUAUGAAGACCAGACCUCAUAAAGAAUCUGGUAUCUAUUGUAAAUAUUUAAUUACAGGAAUAAAGAAGUAGCGAGUUUAA